CGGUGCCGCCGUUGCCGCCGUUGCCGCCGCCGCCGGGGGGGUGUCCGCUUCCCAGAAAGUAGCUUGAUGAGUGUCCAAAGUAGCAGUGGAAGUUUGGAGGGGCCGCCAUCUUGGUCCCAGCUCUCCACGUCUCCAACCCCGGGCUCGGCGGCGGCGGCGGCGGCAGCAGCCAGGUCCCUGCUGAAUCACACGCCGCCAUCCGGGAGGCCCAAGGAAGGUGCAAUGGAUGAGCUUCACAGCUUAGAUCCAAGAAGGCAAGAAUUAUUGGAAGCUCGAUUUACAGGAGUUGUAAGUGGAAGCACUGGGAGCACGGGAAGUUGCAGUGUUGGAGCUAAGGCCUCAACAAAUAACGAAAGUUCUAAUCACAGUUUUGGAAGCUUGGGAUCUCUAAGUGAUAAGGAAUCAGAGACUCCAGAGAAGAAACAGUCAGAGCCAUCCAGAGGAAGAAAGAGGAAAGCAGAAAACCAAAGUGAAAGCAGUCAGGGAAAAAGUAUCGGAGGACGUGGCCUCAAAAUUAGUGACUAUUUUGAAUAUCAAGGUGGAAAUGGCUCUAGUCCAGUAAGGGGAAUACCUCCUGCAAUCCGAUCGCCUCAGAAUUCACAUUCACAUUCCACUCCUUCCUCCUGUGUUCGGCCGAAUAGCCCUUCUCCUACUGCAUUAGCUUUUGGGGACCACCCUAUUACACAACCAAAGCAGUUAUCUUUUAAAAUUAUUCAGACUGAUCUCACAAUGCUGAAAUUAGCUGCACUAGAAAGUAAUAAAAACCAGGACCUGGAAAAGAAAGAAGGUCGUAUAGAUGAUUUGCUCAGGGCUAACUGUGAUCUUAGACGUCAAAUAGACGAACAGCAAAAACUACUUGAAAAAUACAAGGAAAGAUUAAAUAAAUGCAUUUCAAUGAGUAAGAAACUUUUAAUAGAAAAGAGCACACAAGAAAAGCUGGCAAGCAGGGAGAAGAGUAUGCAAGACAGACUACGCCUUGGGCAUUUUACAACAGUUAGACAUGGUGCUUCAUUUACUGAACAAUGGACAGAUGGUUUUGCCUUUCAGAAUCUUGUGAAACAACAAGAAUGGGUAAAUCAGCAAAGAGAGGAUAUUGAAAGGCAAAGAAAACUCCUGGCAAAGAGAAAACCACCGACUACUAAUAAUUCUCAGGCACCUUCCACCAAUUCUGAACCAAAACAAAGGAAAAACAAAGCUGUCAAUGGAGCAGAAAAUGAUCCUUUUGUUAGACCUAAUUUACCACAACUGCUCACUUUAGCAGAGUACCAUGAACAAGAAGAAAUUUUCAAACUUAGACUAGGACAUCUCAAAAAGGAAGAAGCAGAAAUCCAGGCAGAACUUGAACGUUUGGAAAGAGUCAGAAAUCUUCACAUACGGGAACUCAAAAGGAUAAACAAUGAAGAUAAUUCACAGUUUAAAGAUCAUCCCACAUUAAAUGAACGAUACUUGUUACUUCAUCUGCUUGGUAGAGGUGGCUUUAGUGAAGUAUAUAAGGCUUUUGACCUUUAUGAACAAAGAUAUGCUGCUGUGAAGAUCCAUCAGCUUAAUAAGAGCUGGAGGGAUGAGAAGAAGGAAAACUACCACAAACAUGCCUGCAGAGAGUAUAGAAUACACAAAGAACUGGACCACCCCAGGAUAGUUAAAUUAUAUGAUUAUUUCUCCUUGGAUACAGACACGUUUUGUACAGUGUUAGAAUACUGUGAAGGCAAUGACUUGGAUUUCUAUCUCAAACAACAUAAAUUAAUGUCAGAGAAGGAAGCUAGGUCCAUUGUUAUGCAAAUAGUAAAUGCACUAAGAUAUCUCAAUGAGAUCAAACCCCCUAUUAUCCAUUAUGAUCUUAAACCAGGAAAUAUCCUUUUAGUAGAUGGAACAGCAUGUGGAGAAAUCAAAAUUACUGAUUUUGGCCUGUCCAAAAUUAUGGAUGAUGAUAGUUAUGGAGUGGAUGGAAUGGAUCUAACUUCUCAAGGGGCAGGGACAUAUUGGUAUUUACCUCCAGAGUGUUUUGUAGUUGGCAAAGAGCCUCCAAAGAUUUCCAACAAGGUUGAUGUAUGGUCUGUUGGAGUCAUCUUUUUUCAGUGUCUGUAUGGUCGAAAGCCAUUUGGUCACAACCAGUCUCAACAGGACAUCCUGCAAGAAAACACAAUAUUAAAAGCCACAGAAGUUCAGUUCCCUGUGAAACCUGUUGUAAGCAAUGAAGCCAAGGCUUUCAUAAGACGUUGUUUAGCAUACCGUAAAGAGGAUCGAUUUGAUGUCCACCAACUGGCUAAUGAUCCUUACCUUCUCCCACACAUGAGAAGAUCAAAUUCUUCAGGGAAUUUACAUAUGGCUGGACUCACAGCCCCAACCCCCCCUUCUUCAAGUAUAAUUUCUUAUUGACGUGGCUCCAAGAUUGGCAUGAUGUCUUUCAAUUGUUUUCAAAUGCAGACUUAUUUGAGAGCAUUGAGUGUUUUUUACACAAGACAAGAUUGAAAACUUUUCAAACUGAAGUUCUUCUUUAGUGUAAUUUGUAUUUGAGUGGAUCAUGGACUGUGAAUAAAUGUCCUCUUCUGACUGUAACCUUAAACGUGGAAGGAUCACUACCUCUUGCACACAGACGAGUACUGUGUUUAAGAGGGGAAAUGGGCCUUUGGGCAGGGGGGUGCGGGGGGGGAAGACAUUGUAAAUAACGUUUAUAAUACUUAAAUAAAUUUUUGGCUGAUACUGGAGAGUUCUAAUAUGAAGGGUAGUUUUUCAUUAUUUAAAUUCAUGGAGGGAAUAUCAGACAAAUUCUAACACAAGAACUACAGUGCCUGUGUCCAUGCAUUAGCCAUUCAGCAGGAAUUCUGCUGACACCAAAGUAAGAAGUGAAUGACAGUCACCUUGUGUUAUGGAAUAAUGGAAUAUCACAGACUUUUUGGACAGAGUUAAACUUUGUGUUUUGCCUCUUUGGGCUUUUGCGAGUUAUACCUCAAAACCACAUUUCUUUUUUCCCAUUGGUUAUCAUUUUGAAUGGUGAGCUAUUCUAGAUACUUUAACCCUUGAUUAGAUGAGCUGCAUAUUUUGAAAUCUUGUUGCAUUAGCUAAAUUGUAAUAUUUGCUGUGUUUCCAAACUGUUAGAAUUUUUAAUAUGUGUUUCAUAAUUCAUUUCCUGGCCUUGUGAUUAAAAAGUGGCAGUAUGUAACCAAAUGCAGACCAGUUCUAUGCAGGAUAAUGAUCAAUUCCCUUCAAGUUCUAUUGUAAAUUGAUGUACAGAUGUCAUAUUUUCAAUUAUUCACAAGUUUCAGCAGCUUAUUCUUGUACAAAUGUUUAAAGUAUGGCUUUUUCUAAUUGGAUGUUGUAUUUUUUUUAAGUCUCCUUGAAAGCGCUUUAAUUGCUGCUAAGUGGUGUUGCUUUUACCUUUGCAAAAAAUUGAAUGACCUCCUUAAGGUGCAAGUUGACUGUACGUCAUAGAGAGAUAAUAAAAGUAGGCACUUACUUAACAA